AUGAUUCAGGUCAUUCUCAGCCGCCGACCCACCAUGUACGUGGUGAACCUCCUGAUUCCCAGCUGCUUCCUCAUUACUGUAGAUCUGUUCAGCUUUCUUCUGCCUCCCCAAAAUGUGGAUCGUUCUGCCUUCAAAAUGACCCUCAUUUUUGGUUACACUGUAUUCCUGCUGCUAAUGAACGACUUGCUGCCCGUCACUGGAAACUCCUUACCUCUCAUAAAUGCAUUUUUCUCCCUCUGCUUUGCUCUGAUGGUGGCCAGUCUUCUGGAGACAAUCCUCAUCACUAAUAUCCAGUGUGGCUCCAUUCACUAUGGACCUUUACCUCAAUGGGCCAAUGCGCUUUUCCUCAACUAUGUCGCCAGACUUGUUUGUUUAAGCAAGAAACCCAGUGACCAAAACUGCAACCCUGAAGAGCACCAAACUGAGACCAAACACUGUGAACCUGCAGUUGAAACCCCUCAGAGGAAAGCGAUACAAAAGACACCCACUCUUCUGGAACUUCAGAAGAUAAGCAACGAGUUACUAUCCAUCCGUCAGCAAGUUGAAAAAUAUUUGACAACUGAUAAGAGCGCAGAGGAUUGGAUGCAUUUGGGCCAAGUCAUUGACCGUUUGUUUUUCUGCCUUUAUAUUGUGUUUCUCACAGUAAGUUUCAUCACUAUUUUGGUAUUUUGGAUGUGCUGGUACAAAAAAUCUGCAUCUUUAAUAUAAAUAACCCAAAUAAAACUACUAAAACUAGUUGUAAACUGAUCAGCCAUAACAUUAAAACCCUUGAGAGGGGAGGUUAAUAACACUGAUUAUACAAUGGCCUCUGUCUAGGUGUGGGAUAUGUUAGGCAGCAGGUGAACAUCUAUUUCUUAAAUUUCAUGUGUCGGAAGCAGGAAAAAAAAAAGUGCAUGUGAAAAGAUCUGAGUGACUUUGAGAAUUAAUGAUGGUCAGACGGCUAGGUCAAAGCAUUUCCAAAACAGCAAGUCUUGUGGGGUGUUCAGUACAAUGGUUAGUACCUAACAAAAGUGGCACAAGGAAGGACAACCGGUUAACCAGCAUCACGGUCAUGGGCCAUUGUCAUGUGUCAUUGAUCAGCGGCGGUAGUGUUGUGCUCUGGACAAUGUUCUGCUGGGAAACCUUGGGUCCUGGCAAUCAUGUAGAUAUUACUUUGACUCCUAAUGACUGUUGCAGACCCCGUACACUCCUCCAUUGCAAUGGCAUUGGCCUCUUUCAGCAGGAUAAUGCAUUCAGCCACCCUGCAAAAGUUGUUCAAGAACAGUUCGAGGAACAUGACAAAGUGUUCAAGGUGUUGCCUUGGCCUCCAAAUUCCCAGAUCUCAAUCCGAUUGGGAAUCCAUCUAUGGGUUGUGAUGGACCAACAAAUUGAAUCCAAGGAGGCCCCACCAUUAAAGGUCCUUGCUUGGUGCCAGAUACCACAGGACACAUUCAGAUGUCUUAUGAAGUCCAUGCCUUGAUGCUUUAGAGUUGUUUUGGCAGCACAAGGGGAACAACAUGGUAUUAGGCAGGUGUUUUAAUGUUGUAGCUGAUCAGUGUUUAUGAUUACUGAACCUGUAAAUACAAGUCGCCAUUUAUUAAAUCAAAUUGUCUGCAAUAUUUUCUGAAAAUGGUCUGUUCUGUACUUUCGUAUUUGUUUGUUUUAUUGUUAUUCCAAUUGCCAAAG